CAGGGGGCUGGGGGUGACAGCGAUGUCCCGCAGGGAUGAACGCGGCCGUGCGCGCCGUGGUGCGCGUGGGGCUCUACACCGGCUCCAGGGUGUUCUUCGUGUAUGAGGGCUACCAGGGGCUGGUGGACGGCGGCGAGAACAUCAAGGAGGCCACGUGGGAGAGCGUGUCCAUGAUGCUGCAGCUGGUGAGGGACAGGGACAGGGACAGGGGGACACAGGGACACGGACAGGGACAGGGACACGGACAGGGGGACACAGGGACACGGACAGGGACACGGACAGGGGGUCACUGGGGGAUCUGCUCUUGGGCUGGGCGGGGCAAUGGUGUGCUCCUCACUGGUCCCAGUUUGUCCCUUACUGGUCCCAGUCUGAGCCCCGGCUCAGCAAAAAAUUACCCAAAACCAGAGCUGGGAUGGGGGGAGGGAGAGAGGGGUGGACACAGGGAUGGACACGGGGAUGGAUGCGGGAAUGGACACGGGUGGACCCAGGAAUGGACACGGGGAUGGACGCGGGGAUGGAUGCGGGGAUGGACACGGAUGAAUGGAUGGAUGGGUGGACGGAUGGAGGAAGACGAGGGGAGAAUCUCCCCCUGCUCCCAUCCCUGUUAUCACCCUGUGCUCCCCCAGACCCGUGACGGCGGCUCCAGGCUCAACAUCAUCAUCGUGGCCGAGGGCGCCAUCGACAAGCACGGCAAGCCCAUCACCCCGGAUGACAUCAAGACUCUGGUGGUGAAACGCCUGGGGUACGACACCAGGGUGACCAUCCUGGGCCACGUCCAGCGCGGGGGGACCCCCUCGGCCUUCGACCGCAUCCUGGCCAGCAGGAUGGGUGUGGAGGCUGUGAUGGCGCUGCUGGAGGGGACACCGGACACACCGGCCUGCGUGGUCAGUCUGUCCGGCAACCAGGCUGUGCGCCUGCCCCUCAUGGAGUGCGUCCAGGUGACCAAGGACGUCACCACAGCCAUGAACGAGGGACGCUUCGAGGACGCGUUGAAGCUGCGGGGCCGGAGCUUCCAGAACAACUGGAACGUCUACAAGCUGCUGGCUCACAUCCGCCCGCCUGCCACCAAGAGCGGGUACACGAUUGGCCGGGGGACACCGUGUCACCUCAGUGUCACACUGAUGGGGCUGAGGGGGGCCAGUGUGACCCCAGGUCUUCCUCCCACCCCAUUAACCCCUUGUUUCAUCCCCCAGGUGGAGGAGAUUGGCUGGAAUACCGUGGGCAACUGGACAGGGCUGGGAGGCUCUAAACUGGGCACCAAGAGGACUCUGCCCAAGAAAUAUUUUGAGGAGAUCAGUGCCAACAUCAGCAAAUUUGGGAUCCAUGCGCUCGUAAUCAUUGGUGGCUUUGAGGCGUUCAUGGGAGGCCUGGAGCUGGUGGAGGGCCGGGCACGCUUCGAGGAGCUCUGCAUCCCCCUGUGCAUCAUCCCCGCCACCGUCUCCAACAACGUCCCCGGCUCCGACUUCAGCAUCGGCGCCGACACCGCCCUCAACACCAUCACCAACACGUGUGACCUGAUCAAGCAGUCGGCUGCAGGCACCAAGCGCCGCGUGUUCAUCAUCGAGACCAUGGGUGGCUUCUGUGGCUACCUGGCCACCAUGGCCGGGCUGGCGGCCGGCGCCGAUGCCGCCUACAUCUUCGAGGAGCCCUUCGGCAGCCGUGACCUGCAGGCCAACGUGGACCACCUGAUAGAGAAGAUGAAAACCACGGUGAAAAGGGGGCUUGUGCUCAGGAACGAGCGCUGCAAUGAGAACUACACCACGGAUUUCAUCUACAACCUCUACUCCGAGGAGGGCAAAGGGGUCUUUGACUGCCGGAAAAACGUCCUGGGGCACAUGCAGCAGGGAGGCAGCCCCACCCCUUUUGACCGGAAUUUCGGCACCAAGAUGGGCGCCAAGGCUGUGGCCUGGGUCACCGGGAAGAUCAAGGAGUGCUCCCGGCACGGGCGGAUCUUUGCCAACACGGCGGACUCGGCGUGCCUGCUGGGGAUGCGCAAGCGCAGCCUGACCUUCCAGCCCAUCGCCGAGCUGCGCCAGCAGACGGAUUUCGAGCACCGCAUCCCCAGGGAGCAGUGGUGGCUGAAGCUGCGGCCCAUCCUCAAAGUGCUGGCCAAGUACAACAUCGAGCUGGACACGUCGGAGACGGCGCACCUGGAGCACCUGACCCGCAAGGUGCUGGUCCCCGAAGCCACCCUGUGACAGGGAUGGUGGCCAGCCCUGAGGAAC